AAGUGAACCGUCAGAAUGGGAGUUUCCAGAGUGAUACUCGUGACCAUACUAGCAUUUGCAUCAUUUUGCAACGCCGAAGAACGAAACUACGAUGAAGUUUGUAUAGGAGCACCGAAUUUAUCCUACGUAGCCAGCCGGAUUUCUUGCGAAUAUUAUUACGCUUGCAUCGAUGGAACUGCCUACGGAUACCGAUGCGAUGACGAGAAGUGGUUCUCAACGGAGAAGCAACAGUGCGUUAUUCCGGAAGAAUCGGACUGCGACAUUGAGCAACCUUCGGAAUUACCGACAGCUCCUCCUCCACUUCCAUCUCCGAUGUGCGAUGGUAUUCCGGAUUACCGUUACGUAGCAUCCACUGAAAACUGCCAAUACUAUUAUCAAUGUAUCGAUGAGAUCGCUUACAAGGUGUCUUGUCCAAGAUACUCCUGGUUCAAUGAAGAAUACCAACGAUGUGGAAGCCGUUACGAGUUCGAUUGUGAUCUGGGGACUACAUCGACGACACCUAGUUCGCCUAAUCGAUGUGUAAAUGAGCCCAACUUUGGCUUAAUCGAUGAUCCAGACUAUUGCUACCGGUUCUUCAAGUGCAUGAUUGGCGUACCGUUCCCGAUGGUGUGUGAUAAUGGAUUAUGGUUUGAUUAUGAGCAACAAGCAUGCGUAGAUCCUUCAGAGACUACUUGCAGCGCUACAACACCUCCUCCAAAUCCGCCGUAUGUUCCGGACAUCUGUGACGAUGUUGAGGAUGGAAGAAGCAUUCUACAUUACAGAUUCUGUAACGUAUAUUUCACCUGUCAAGACGAGGUAGGAACACCUCACCAUUGCCCUGAUGGUUUAUGGUUUGACGAGGAUCGUCAGGACUGUGCACACCCAAUGGAUGUCUACUGUCCUCACGGAAUAGUAACAACUCCAACACCGGAUGUUUGUAGUGGUGUAGAAGAUGGCAUAUUAGUUGCAGCCCCAGACAGUUGUACCGAUUACUACGUAUGUGCCAACGAAAUUGGCUAUCGAGUUUACUGCCCUCCUGGACAAUAUUUCAACGAAGACCGUCAAAUGUGUGAUGACCAACAGAACGUUGAUUGUCUUAUCUAGAUUAGAGCUUUAAUAUGCGGUGUUAAAUUUGAUCUUUUGGUGUCUCUUUGAUUUGACG